AAUACUUCGUAUAAACUUUUUUUUUUUUUAUAGUUAAUUUCCCCCAAUUUUUUUUUUGAUAAACGGCGAUAUUGAAGCUCGAUAUCAAUGGCGACUGAAAUUGCCGAAGUUUGAAAUUCCUCUUCUACAGUUCGAGUUGGAUCCAUAAAUCUCUCUUUAUUAGUUCGAUUCCUCUUCAAUACUUAUCAAUUCGUUCGGUUCCUCUUCAAUAUUUGUUUUGAUUUUCAAGGCUGCCAACUUGAAAAAAGAGAACAAAGUUUUUAUCAAUCAUGAGGAUAUAUGAUGCAUGCUUUGAGAUAUUGAAGAUUCAGAAACUUCGACGAAUUGUUUCAUAUACUGGGUUUUAUGGUUUUGUAGCAGUAUUGAGUUAUGGUUAUACCAACAACACAACAAGAGCCGGAUUCUCCAGAGGUGAUCAAUUUUACGCAUCUUAUCCUGCAGGAACAGAAAUGCUAACAGACACAACGAAGUUGUAUAAAGCCGCGCUUGGCAAUUGCUUUGAGGUGGAAGAUUGGGGUCCGAUUGAGUUUUCAAUUAUGGCAAAACAUUUCGAGCGACAGGGGAAAUCACCAUAUUCUUACCAUGCUCAAUACAUGGCUCAUCUUCUUUCACACGGGCAACUCGAUGGGAGUGGAUAAAUAGGAGGAACCAUGGCCUCCCAGAAGUUUAACGAAGAUAAAGCCAAUAACUGAUGAAGGAUUCUACAAUUAUGGUGUAUGAUCAUAUGUUUGGAGAAUUUUGGUGUUUUUGUCUCAGGAUGAAGUACUCAUUUUGAGCUACACAACUGAUGGUAAUGAAUGAUGGCUGUGGGUCGGGCUGGAUUGGGUUUCGGGCCAUGUGCCUGAAGGGCAAGUCCCAUUCUGCAUAGGGGCCGGGUUGGGCAGAAAAUUUCAAAACAAGGUCCACGUGCUGAGCCGGGUUGGACCGCCGUGCCUAAAGCCUAAUUUUAAAAUUUGUGUGCUUUAUCCAGCCGAACCUUGUCAUGCUUUAUCCUGUCGAGCUUUGUCGUGCUUUUUCCAAAAAAUUGCGGCCCAGACCUGACUCACAACUACAUCCUUGUGCUAGGCCGUGUUUCUUACGUGAUGCCCGACCCGAUCUACAACCAUCUUACUGAUGAACUAAUGACUAAUUUAUAUGUGGGGAGCAACAUUUGGUUAUUUUUUUUGUCAAAUUGAUCUUCAUAGUAAUGUAACUUUGUCAAAUAGAUCGAGCGCUACGAUAAAUGUUGAUCUCGAAGAUAUGUCAAUUAUAUACAAGCAUUGUCUUUGUAUGUUGCUUCA